GGACUGAAGGAGACAGGAAGAUGGCAGAAGAGCAACCCGAGAGCCACUACUGUGUCUGGGCACAUCAACUACAGACUGCAAGGGACUGAAGGAGACAGGAAGAUGGCAGAAGAGCAACCCGAGAGCCACUACUGUGUCUGGGCACAUCAACUACAGACUGCAAGAAUGAAUCAAAUCAUUGAGUGCAGCAGCUCUGAGGUUACUGUUACAGCUCACAUUAAG